AUGAAGCACAUUGGAUCCUGCAUAGUUUGGCUUUGUAUGGCAGUCUUCCUCCUCCUUCCUGUUUCUACUUCAGUGGCUGUCAGUGACCAGACAGGUGCUGUGUGUCCUUUAAUGAAAACAGUUGUCCAUCAUCUCAAACAAAUCAACAGAGACGGUCUUGGUGUUUCAGGGUUUGAUCUGGCAGAAAGCUUUUCUUUGAGGCAAACAUCUUGUGGAGGGGAAAAAAUCUGUUUUAAACUGGGAAGUGCACCUCUCGUCAGAGACACGAAACAAGUAUUUCCAAAUGGGCUUCCUGAAGAAUACUCUCUAGUUGCUACGUUCCGUGUACGGCGAAAUACCAAGAAAGAGCGUUGGUAUAUAUGGCAAGUUUUAAAUCAGUAUGACACACCUGAGAUCUCUGUCCUUCUGGAUGGUACAAAAAAGGUUGUGGAGUAUAUGACCAAAUCUGCUCAGGGAAAUAUACUGCACUACACUUUUAAGAGUCGAGAAAUUUAUCCAUUGUUUGAUCGGCAGUGGCAUAAACUUGGUAUCAGCGUGCAGUUGGGAAUCGUUUCCCUCUAUUUGGAUUGUAAUUUAAUUGAGAGAAAGCAGACUGAUGAAAAAUUCACCGUUGACUUGCAGGGAAGGACUCUGAUUGCUUCUCGCGCUGCAGAUGAUAAGCCUGUAGAUAUUGAACUUCACCGUAUAACAGUUUAUUGUAAUCCAAAACUUGCAACAGUAUAUACGUGUUGUGAAAUAUCUGCAGACCUGUGCCCACAUGAGGAGAGGUUGCUUGCUACGACUUCAUCACCAGUGACUGUUCAUGCCAGCAAAAUAUACACACUUCCAGGAAUGCAGCAAGAAUCUAGAGAGAGAUGCCAGUGCUUUCCAAAGAAAGGAGAAGCAGGAUUGCCAGGAGUAGCUGGUUUGCCAGGCCAGAAAGGAGAUAAAGGUGAAAAGGGUGAAAUGGGCGCGAAAGGACGGGAUGGUGUUGCUGGUCUUCCUGGCGAAAAGGGGGAAACUGGCUUAGUAGGUGCUCCUGGCAUACCUGGUCUUACUGGUUCCAAGGGUGAACAUGGCUUUGCAGGUAGUAAAGGUGAAGAAGGUGAAAAGGGUGAAAAAGGAGAUAAAGGAGAACCAGGACCAGAGGGCAUUCAUGGAAGAGAGGGACUGAAAGGCGAUCCUGGUAGUCCUGGUGUGGCUGGUCCUAAAGGAGAAAAGGGAGAUGCAGGACCUCCGGGACCAACUGCCUUGAGCGGUUUGCCAGGGCUGCAGGGUCCCCAAGGUCCACCUGGCAAAGAAGGUCAAAGGGGAAGACGAGGCAAACCAGGCCUCCCGGGAAAACCAGGGCCACCAGGACCUCCUGGUCCUUCUGGACUAAAAGGAAUUCUGGAUUCAUUGAACAAGCAUUAUAAUGAGAGUGAUACAAGACUACUAGGAUUACUUGGGACCCCUGGAUCUAAAGGCCAGAAAGGAGAUGUUGGUCAAAAAGGAGAAUUGGGAAUGACCGGCGCAAAAGGAGAAAAGGGAGAGCCUUCUGAAAAAGGGGACAAGGGAGAUCCAGGAGAAACUGGAAUGCAGGGAUCAAAAGGAAAUAAGGGUGAAACAGGAGACCCUGGACCACCUGGUCUUACUGGAAAUCCAGGAUCAAAGGGACUGCAAGGACCUCCAGGACCUGUCGGACCCAGGGGACUGCCAGGAGAAGUUGGCUUACCAGGAGAGCACGGGGUACCAGGAAACCCAGGAGUUAAAGGAGACAAGGGGGACCCUGGUGGGAUUAUGGGACCACCUGGACAUCCAGGUCCAAAAGGUGAUGUGGGGCCUCCUGGACCAAGUCUGCCUGGAACACCAGGUCCCACUGGUAUUCCUGGAAACCCAGGUCCACGGGGACCAAAGGGAGAAAGAGGGCUACCUGGUGUACAAGGAGCACCUGGGGAGAUGGGGCCCCCUGGAAUAGGCAUUCAGGGAUCACCAGGUCCUAUAGGUCCAACUGGAUCAGCAGGUGUGCAGGGCCCUAGGGGACCCCCAGGAUUACCAGGAACUCCAGGUACCCCUGGUAUUAAUGGCACUCCAGGAAGAGAUGGAAAGCCAGGACUACCAGGCCCUCCAGGUGAUCCUAUUGCACUGCCACUUGUGGGAGACAUGGGUGCUAUACUGAAGGGUGAUCCCGGCACAAGAGGUCCUCCAGGCAUCCCUGGUAGAGAAGGGCCAAAGGGAAGCAAAGGUGAACGUGGAUUUCCUGGGCUUGCUGGAGAGAAGGGCGAUGAGGGCCUUCAAGGUGCUCCUGGACUGCCAGGCACACCAGGACCCAGUGGACCAUCUGGAGUAACAGGAAGACCUGGACAUCCCGGUCCAGCAGGGUCAAAAGGCGAAAAGGGUAGUGAAGGUUCUCCUGGGAAACCUGGACCACCUGGGCCUCCGGGUAUGCCUUACAACGAAAGAAAUGGAAUGAGCAGCUUAUAUAAACUCCAGGGAGGUGUGAGCGUCGCUAGUUAUCCAGGUCCACCAGGACCUCCGGGUCCAAAAGGAGAUCCUGGCACAGUGGGAGACACAGGACCGAUGGGAUUACCAGGACUGGAAGGACUCCCAGGGGAAAAGGGUGACCGUGGACCAGCUGGCACGCCAGGAGCAGCAGGGACACCGGGAAAGCCGGGAUCUCCCGGGUCCCCAGGGAUGCCAGGGGAACCUGGUGAAAGAGGACCUAUAGGAGAUAUAGGCUUCCCUGGGCCAGAAGGGCCACAAGGAAAACCAGGAAUCAAUGGAAAAGAUGGAUUGCCAGGUCCUCCGGGUGCUGUGGGGAGACCAGGAGACAGAGGACCCAAAGGAGAACGUGGAGAUCAAGGUAUUCCAGGGGACAAAGGCCCACAAGGCGAACGAGGGAAACCUGGCCCAUCAGGAGAAAAGGGGGAUGUGGGUCCUAUGGGGCCACCAGGAGAUAGAGGCUAUCCAGGAUCACCAGGUCAUCAAGGUCCCCCAGGUUCACCAGGACCUCCAGGGUUUCCGGCUGAUAUAGUUUCACUUGAAGAAAUAAAAAAAUAUAUCAAACAAGAGGUUCUUAAGGUUUUUGAAGAAAGGAUGGCUCAGUUUGUAUCCCAGCUGAAGCUGCCUGCUGCAAUGCUUGCCUCCCAAGCUCAUGGAAAACCAGGGCCCCCAGGAAAAGAUGGGUUACCAGGGCCACCAGGAAAGGAUGGUUUGCCAGGGCCACCAGGAGAACGUGGAAUUCAAGGUUAUAGAGGACAGAAAGGGGAAAGAGGUGAGCCUGGAAUUGGACUGCCCGGUAACCCUGGACCACCCGGCCCUGCAGCUACUGGCCUGCCGGGCCCGCCGGGAACGCCAGGCUCACCCGGACUGCAGGGGCCACCUGGACCCAAUGGGAGAUGCAAUCCAGCAGAUUGCUAUUACCACGUAUCACAGACUCAGUCACGCACCAGCAGGAAAUAAAAACCCUCUCCCCUAGACACUUGGGUUCACAGUCACUUUUCACUCCUCUCAAUAAGUUAAUUUAACCUUUGAAAUAUUUGGUGCAUUUUUUUC